AUGGUAUGUACAUGUGAACAACUAACUAAACUAUAAAUCUGCUGAAACCUAUAAAUAUUUCACCAAUGACUGGGUACAGGAUUUACUAACAUUUUUACCAAACUGUAAUUUUCUGUACAUGUUUUUCUCUGAAGCAUGCUGUUUUCCAAGGUGUACAGACCACAGUGUUAUAAAUAUGCUGUACUUGCUAAAAUAUCAGUUUAUAAAAUGUACUGACAUUGACUUAAAGUACUCAUUUGAUAAUAUAUUUUGUCUGUGUGUAUCAAUGCACACUAUUUUAGUUAGCACUUUUAUAAUUAGUUGUCACCAAAUGACUACUAUGUCUUAAGCAGUAAACCUUAACCCAUUUUGGUUUCCAUAGUGAAUGUAGGACAAUAAAGAACAUCACAUUUAUUAAAAGUGGCAUAAUACAUUAUUAUUCCUCAUGCAAGGCUGGUCAAGCAUGAAUUAGCGCAAAUUAUUUUCUGCAUCAAAUAAAAGGUAUAAUGAAAUCGAAAUAAUAAAGUAUAAAAUAAAUAUAUAAAUUGGAACAAGAUCAUUAUCAUGUUUGACAUUAGUUAAAAUGCUGAAGAAUAUUACUAUUUUAAGUGCAAUACAUUUUCAUAUUGCAAAUCAUUUUCAAAUAGAUUUUCAAAUAUGUUUUGAAAUAAGGUUGUAACUCAUUCAUUUUUCUAUUUUCCAGGAUUAUAAAAAUACUUAAUGCAGUGUAAAAACUGCAAAUUCAGCAGUUCGAGUGAAGAGGUCCUUCUAAAGCACUAUCGGCUGCAUCACCCAAGCAUUUCCAGCUGGCCUUGUAUUCAUACGGGGUGUGUUUGUGUCUUCAGGACAGCAGGUGCUUUAAAAUCCCACCUAUCUACAUCACACCAAAACCGUCACAGAGUCAGUCAAGAACUUUCAACAAUAAGUUGUGAACUGUGUGAAUUCCAAGAGAUUUGCAGUGAGAAACGUUUCUUCAUUCACCUUGGAAAUCAUCUUAAACGAAAAGAAACAAUUAAUUGUCCCUUUAAAGGAUGUGGAUUUAAAACAAACAAUCGGCCAACGUUCAGCUCUCAUAGAAGCAGAAUACACAGAAAGCAUACACUAAAAGACUUUAGAACUGCAAUACAAACAGUCUUCGAGAGGAUUGAUAAUGAAGUGCCAUCUAUCUCACAGAUCUCUUCAGAAGUCGAAAUUGGAGAUGAUGAUAGAAUACAGUUUGAUGAAAAUGUAAAUAGUCAAACACUUGAACAAAAAAUUGCAUCUCUUUUUUUGUGUAUGCAGACUGUGUUCCAUGUUUCAAAAGAUGCUACUCAGAAAAUAAUUGAGGAACUUAAAAGUAUUUUGUUGUUCUCCAAAUCUCAGGCCCUUCAUAGUGUAGAAUCAAUUCUCACAAAGCACAAUGUUAAUGUUGAAAGUAACAUUGUCAAAGAAAUUGCAGAUUCAGUGUGUUUGACAAAUCCACUUUUAACAGCAAUAUCUGCAAAGGGUAUUUUGUCUACUGACUACAGAAGAUCUCUGUAUUUCAAACAACACUUUCCUUUAAUAGAACCUACAGAAUAUCUUUAUGAACAUACCCAGAAAGCAUCCUUUGUUUAUGUGCCAGUCAUUCAGGUACUUGAAACUCUGCUAAGUUUACCAUGUUUUUUGGAUAAAGUUGAAUUUACAAACGAACAUUUAGCUGGACAGUACAAUUCGUUUCAAGAUGGGAAGUACUACAGGGAGAAUGUGUUUGUUGCAGAAGAAGAGGUUGUUCUGAGUUUGGCCUUUUAUAUAGAUGAGUUUGAAGUUUGCAACCCAUUAGGCACAUCCAGAAAAAUUCAUAAAAUUACUGCUGUCUACUGGAUGAUCUUAAAUUUACCUGCAAAGUGGAGAUCUACUUUAACAUCCAUUCAGUUAGCUGUUUUAGGAAGGAGUGUUGAUGUUAAAAAAUUUGGCUAUGACAAAUUAUUGGAACCUUUGAUAAAAGAUUUGAAAGCUUUGGAGCAAAAUGGUGUGUUUGUGGAGACUUUGGGGCAUUAUGUGAAGCCAACUGUUUUCUGUGUAUGUGCAGAUAAUCUCGGAGCCCACAGUCUUGCAGGCUACCAGGAAAACUUUAAUGUUGAUAAGUUCUGUCGGUUCUGUUUGAUAAGUCGUGAUCAAAUAGCAACUGUUAAGGCUAGUGAUUUCCCUCUGAGGACUGUUGAAGAGCACAAUUCAUUUGUGGAACAGCUUAAGCAGAGUGACACCCUGCAGAGUGUUAAUGGUGUAAAGAGUGAGUGUUCAUUAAGCAAACACUUGAGAAACUUUCAUCCAGUCACUGGGUUUCCCCCAGACAUUUUACAUGAUUUUUUUGAAGGGGUCAUACCUGUGGAAUUAUCUUUGUGUCUCAGAGAUUUGAUCUCAAAAGGUUACAUUACUCUUGAAGGAUUAAAUCACUCAAUCAAAACAUUCCCUUACAAGUACUCUGACAAGGUCAACAAACCAAAGGCAAUUCUAAAAUCAGGCCUAGUUAAAGGAUCAAUUGGGGGUAAUGGUCAUGAAAAUUGGUGUUUGUUGCGCUUACUUCCUUUAAUGAUUUGGGAUUGCGUCCCAGAACACGAGCCAUCAUGGGAAAUAUUAAUGGACCUAAAAGAAAUUGUAGAAAUUGUCCUGUCACACAGUCUCUCUGAAGAAACUCUGUGUUACUUGUCAUGUAAAUUGGCAGAUCACCGCUUGCUUCUGACUUCCACGUUUCCAGACUUCAAAUUAAAGCCGAAGCACCACUUCAUUGACCACUACCCACAACUGACAAAAUGCUUUGGACCUUUGGUGAACGUGUGGACUAUGCGAUAUGAGUCCAAGCACUCAUUCUUUAAGAAUGUAGCACGUGAUAUUCACAAUGUGAAAAAUUUGCUGCUUACUCUUUCUGUUAAACAUCAGCAAAUGAUCGCCUAUCAUUUGAAUGCUCAAAGCCUUUUGAAAUCCGAGUUAUAUGUUGAAAAAGUGGAUGUGGUUAAAAUAUCACUGUUAGAUGCAAAACUGAAAUGUGCUAUACAAAGAAAGUUUCCUCAUGUGUACACUGUGUCACUGUCCAAAAAUGUUUGUCUGUAUGGAACUCAAUAUGCUAAGGACAUGAUUAUAUCUGCUGGACAAUCCAAUGGACAGCCUGAGUUCUUCAAGAUAGAGCACAUGUUGCUCUGUCCUGACAAAGUCUCCAUUGUAUCUAAAAGACUUUCUGCCUGGUAUAUUGAACACUUGAGAUCUUAUGAACUUGUGGAAAGCAACUAUGCUGACAUGGUUGUCCUUGAUCUUGAUGACUUAAAUGAUUAUCACCCAUUGAUUCCAUACAGGCUUAGAGACCGAGUCCUUGUGACCCUGAGGACAUACCUGCACCAUUAAACUUGCCUGAUGGCUUUACUACUGCGAGUUGUCAUUUCGUCAACUGAUGCCCGGCGACUUCAGCUUUUUGAAGUGCCACAGUCUGUGGAGUCCCUUAUUAGUAUUCUGAAGGAGAAACUGCAGUUACAAGGACAGUUUGUCUUGCAGUUUGAAGACCCUGAUUUUGGGAAUGCCCUUUGCAGCCUGACUGACAUCUCGGAACUGCCCAGUGACAAAGCAGUCUUGCAUAUUCAGUGGUGCAAUUCAUCAUUGUCUGAAACCAGCCUUUCUGUGUCAUCUCUUGAUACUGCUAGUGUUGAUGACUCUGAUGGAUCCUUGACCAGCUCCACAGCCUCUGUACAAAGGUAUUUGCGCACAACCUCAGAAUGGCCACUGCCAUUCCCCAUCCCACCCCUGUCAUUUGAUGUCGAGCUUAAACUACGACGAGGCAAUGAGACAUAUGCAGAAACACAGACAGGCAUUGAUGUGACCAGAGACAUAAAGAUGGAGAUUCUUGAUAAAAUAGUUCAGGCUGUUUUUGACAUAAAGGCAUAUCCCAACAAUCAAGAAAUUGAGUCCAUUGCAUCUGCCCUGAUUUCCAAGUAUCCAUGCCUUAAGGAGCCUGGCAAAGGUAAGGGCUAUGAAGGAUGGUUGAUCAGCCUAAAGAACAAGCUAAACAAUUACCGUUCAAAAUUGAGAGCAGCAGGCUGCAAUGAAGUUAGUGUGAACAAGAAGCGUAAGGAUGUUGAACAUGGACAUGGUUUCACCAUGAAAAAAGCAAAGCGUGGAGAAGUGAAUUUUGUCCCAGAACAUCCAUGCAACCACACUGAUGCUUCACUUGAAGAACAAAGACGUUUAUUGAUCGAUGAAACCAAAAAGGCAAGAAGCAGCAUGGUGGUCAUAAGUGAAAAAAUGGAAUUAACUUUUUCCCUGAGGAGAAAAGAAGUGGUAGAAGAUCAACCAAUGGUUGUAGACGUGCAGCAGAGGUGGCCUGCACUUUUUCUCCAGGAGCAGGUAAUUAUGUCAGGUUUUUCUUUGUUAAAAAGGCUAAUUUAAAUGAUUUUGUAUUGUUUGUUUAUUAUCCUAAAUUUGUUAGAAACACAUGAAAUGUUUUUAUUACUUAAAGGGUUCGUUUAUCCCAAAAUUAUAAUUUUUUUUAUAAAUCACUUAACCUUGUGUCGUUCUAAAACACCAAGUGAUCUGAUUG